AGUCUACUUUCUGUUUGGGCAUCGCUGGCUUCACACGUGUUUCUCGGAUGGUAACUGUUUGACCAAGACAGAUAUUGCGUUUGAUCAACAACUCUUGGUGGCUCUCGCCAUGGGAAGGAGCAAAGCCAAACAAUCGCACAAAACGAAACGGGCCUCAAAGAAAAAUGAGACCAAGGAAAAUAAGCAUGCCGAAAGCAGCGUUGAAGAGCUCCUCUCGAUGGUGGAAAGUGCCAUGGACGAACUUCAGUUUGACCAGGCGAGGCAGUUGGGCGAAAGAGCGCUGCGGCUCGAACCGGACAAUCUGAAGACCCUGGACGUUCUGUCUGGUCUUCUGCUUGAAAUGGGAGACGUGGCUGGGGCGUCCCAGCUGCUGCAGAGGAUGAUCGAGCUGGAGCCAGACGACGGUUUCCGGAAGUACCUGUCGAUGGGACAGCUUUGUGAUGGCAAAGAGUCUCUGAGACACUAUUCCAAGGGUGUCGAAAUUCUUCAGAGGCUUCUAGGGGAGAGGCAGGGUGCCUCUGCAGAAGCGGAUCCAGAGGGCAGUGGACACCUGAGCCGUGAACUGUCUUCUGCAUACUGUGCAAUGGCCGAGAUCUACAUGACUGACUGCUGCUUCGAAGGAGACGCCGAGACGCAGUGCGCCGAGCUGAUAGAAAGGGGCCUGGCGGCCGACCCUAAGAAUCCGGAGGCCUUGCAGUGUCAAGCCAGCUACCUGCUGGUCAAGCAGGACACAGAGGGGGCGCAGCAAGCGAUGCGCAGGAGCCUAGACCUAUGGUUACCACAGCACGAGCGACUUUGCCAGGGAAAUCAAGGCGAAGAGGAUGGGCAGGACCCGGUAGAGGUGUGCCCGCUGAGUUACAGCUGCAGAGUCAGUUGUGCCAAGGUGCUCAUCGAGCUGGAGAUGAUGGAUGAGGCCAAUGCUGUCCUGGACGGCCUGGUGGAAGAGGACGACGAGGUGGUAGAUGUCUGGUACCUGCUGGGAUGGCUGAAUUACCUGAGGGCCGGGGAGUACAUGGACAACGCUCGCUUCUACCUGACCAAGGCUAAACAGGUUGCCCGCAAAGUGCAUUUCGAAGACUCCGAAGAACUGGCCCACAUCGAAGAGCUUUUGGCCGAGAUCGGGACAGCCUCCGAGGACGACGUAGAAGGCGAGGGAGAAGGGGAGGGGGACAGCUUUGCCAGCGACAGCGAAGAGGAGGAGGAGGCCAUGGAAGUGUGACAAGCGGAAGCGAUUCGAAAUAGGCAGAGAUCUGGGAAAGCGAAUUGUUUUGAGAUAUAUUUAAAUGAAGUUUUUAAAAAACACGCAAA